UAUUAAUGACAUUCAUUCACAACCCCUGGCUUCUCUAUAAAUUCCAAGAAACAUACGCAUGGAAGCAAAAAUUCCAAGAAGCUCGAGUGCAUUGUCACAAGCAAGUUCCAAAAUGAAGCACGGUCUAGUAUUUGUGUGGGUUUUGGUCUUGUGGUGUGUGUUGGUUAACAUGGAUGGGCUAGCCCUAGCAAUGGAGGAUGAGACUGAAGGGUUGUCCUCCUCCCUAGCUGCUAAUUGUAACUACGGAGAUGCCCUUGGCAAAGCAUUAUUAUUCUUUGAAGGCCAACGUUCGGGGAAGUUGCCCACAGGCCAGCGAGUGACCUGGAGAGGAGACUCUGCAUGCACCGAUGGCACUCCUGAGAACGUGAACUUGGUGGGAGGAUACUAUGACGCAGGUGACAACGUCAAAUUUGGGUGGCCAAUGGCCUUUAGUGUCAGCUUGUUGAGUUGGGCUGCUGUGGAGUACCGGCAGCAGAUAUCUUCGACAAACCAGCUACCCUAUCUGCGAAAAGCAAUCCGCUGGGGCACAAACUUCAUACUGAAAGCUCACACUUCACCCACCACAUUCUAUACCCAGGUAGGAGAUGGAAAUGCGGAUCACCAGUGCUGGGAGCGCCCUGAAGACAUGGAUACACCACGAACGCUUUACAAGAUCACUUCUUCUUCUCCAGGCUCUGAGCCAGCAGCUGAGGCUGCUGCUGCCCUUGCUUCUGCUUCCAUUGUCUUCAAAGUGGCAAAUUCCAAAUAUUCUGCUACCCUCUUGAGCCAUUCCAAAUCACUGUUUGACUUGGCAGACCAACACAGAGCUUCUUACCAAGGCUAUUGCCCCUUUUACUGCUCUUACUCCGGCUAUCAGGAUGAGUUGUUAUGGGCGGCGGCUUGGCUAUACAAGGCAAGUGGAGACAUCAAGUACUUGAAUUAUGUGUUGACAAACCAAGGGUGGAGCCAAGCAGUGAAUGAGUUCAGUUGGGACAACAAAUUUGCUGGAGCUCAGACAUUACUGGCCAAGGAAUUUCAUCGUGGAAAGACGAAUUUGGCUAAGUUCAAGACCGAUGCCGAGUCAUUUGUAUGUGCACUGAUGCCAGGGAGCAGCUCUGUACAGAUUAGAACAACCCCAGGUGGACUUCUGUUUACUAGAGACAGUAGUCAUGGUGAUUCGAUCCACAAAUCAAGCUUUGAUUGGCGUUGACUGUGAUUUCCAACACACAUUGAUGGAGUCCAAUGUGGCUCUGCCUUUUUCUCUGCGUCCCAAAUCAGAGCCUUUGCAAAAACUCAGGUGGACUACAUUCUAGGAAAAAAUCCCAAGAAUAUGUCAUACAUGGUGGGCUUUGGUGCCAAAUACCCUACACACUUGCACCAUAGAGGUUCAUCCAUCCCUUCAAUGAAAGUCCACCCAACCAAGGUGGAUUGCGAUGGUGGCUACUCCAGCUAUUACUCAUCUCCCAAUCCAAACCCUAACACUCAUGUGGGUGCAGUUGUUGGGGGUCCAGAUGUAAAUGACCAGUUCGGGGAUGCAAGAUCAGACUAUUCUCACUCUGAACCUACAACUUAUAUGAAUGCUGCUUUUGUGGGUGCGGUGGCUGCUUUAGUUGGUCAAGGCAAUGCAGUGUGCUUGUGAAUUGCAACUUCUUCCCAAUUAUUAAUGUAAAAACUGAAUGUAAUAUAAAUAAAAUUCCACAUACUCAUCCAAGUGAUGAUAUGUCUAUUUAAUGAAUAAUAGGUGGUGUAUAUUGUAUCAACAUAAAUACACAAUUCAGUAAAUAUUAUUCUCAUUUUUCAACAUAUAGUAGCGUAGUUAGUAAGUUAAUACGACAAAAACAGAACCUCAAGUUUUAUAAGCUUUUUCACUAAUUUUAGGGAGCUGAUUACACUUCCUUUUUUGUUAUAGUAAUAACUAGUCAAAAACAAAAUAAAACGUAAGUAAACAAAAAAAGAGUAGAAA